CCCAAACAGUUCAUGGCAACACAAACUAUGAACUGUUUCCAUUCGAUGCUACGUGCUGUUAAGCCAGAAUUGUUUGUCAAUGAGGACAAAAUUGACAACGAAGUGAAAUGGGCUAAAGUCUAUGUGCAGAAUGAUACUGAUUCAUGUGGAGUUCAUGUUAUCUCUUGGCUACAAGAGUGGGAUGGCACUGUUCGGGAUGAUGCAGGAUAUACAAUGCCACGAUACUCUAAUGAUGAGCUACAAGAUUUGAAGGUUGGCUGUUUGUGGUGGUUGGUAACCCAUCCAAGUAAUGAACAUGGGAGUGAAGUGAUGUCGAUGCUAUCGGACUACAACAAGACCAAGAAGAGGAGAUAGAGUAGUCUAUGAAUUUUUUGUUCUCUUA